AUGGAGAAAGACCUUGCUACUAAGGAGGCCACUCUCGGCUCCGACACUGCCACCGCGCCUCUCCCCGCUUACGGAGAGACUGAAACCACGCGGGGGUCCCUCGGCAGGCGGAUUAUCGACAGCUUCAAGCGGGAUCCCAAUGCCCAUGUCACGAAACGGGGUCAGGUUGGAGCAAAUGGCAAAGUCUUCGAUGUCGAGACGGCUGCCGCCAACACCGCCAACUCGCCGCUGCAGCGCCGCCUGAAGAGCCGUCACCUUCAGAUGAUCGCAAUCGGUGGCUCUAUUGGCACUGGUCUGUUCGUCACCUCGGGCACUGUCCUCCAUUCGGGUGGUCCGGCGUCCGUCGUCAUUGCCUACAUCCUGAUCGGUGCCAUGUUGUACUGCACCGUGCAUGCUCUUGGUGAAUUGGCCGUCUUGUACCCCGUCGCCGGUUCGUUCGCCGCCUAUUCGACCCGUUUCAUCGAUCCUGCCUGGGGUUUUGCCAUGGGCUGGAAUUACGCCUUGCAAUGGCUGGUCGUAUUACCCCUGGAAAUCGUCGCCGCCUCCAUUACGGUGGGCUACUGGGACUCCAGCGUCUCGCCGGCUGCCUGGGUCGCCAUUUUCUGGGUGCUCAUCGUCUCCAUUAACCUGUUUGGUGUUCGAGGCUACGGUGAGGCCGAGUUUGUGUUUUCCAUCAUCAAAGUCAUUGCCGUCAUCGGAUUUAUCAUCUUGGGUAUCAUCCUCAACUGCGGUGGCGGUCCUCAUGGCGGUUACAUCGGUGGAAAAUACUGGCAUAAUCCAGGCGCCUUUAACAAUGGAUUCAAGGGUCUUUGCAGCGUCUUUGUCAACGCAGCUUUCGCCUUUGCCGGUACCGAAUUGGUCGGUCUUGCCGCGGCAGAAACAGCAAACCCCCGCAAAUCUCUUCCCGGUGCCGUCAAGCAGGUGUUCUGGCGGAUCGCCAUCUUCUACGUGGUGGCCCUGACCAUUGUCGGUCUCCUGGUCCCAUACACCGAUGACCGUCUUUUGAGUGGGUCAUCUUCCGCCGACGCCAAAGCAUCUCCGUUCGUCCUUGCCAUCAAGAAUGCUGGCAUCAGUGGCUUGGACUCCGUGAUGAACGUGGUCAUUAUGAUUGCGGUUCUGUCCGUGGGCAACGCGUCCGUCUACGGAUCUUCUCGUACCCUCGCCGCCCUGGCUGAACAGGGCCAGGCACCCAGUUUCCUUGCCUACAUCGAUCGUCAGGGACGGCCCCUCUUUUCCAUCCUCCUGGCCUCCGCCCUGGGUCUCCUGUGCUUCCUGGCUGCUUCGGACAAGCGGGAUCAGGCGUUCCUAUGGAUGGUCGCCAUCUCCGGCCUGUCUUCAAUCUUCACCUGGGGUUCCAUUUGUUUCGCUCACAUCCGCUUCCGUAAAGGAUGGAAGGUCCAGGGCCACAGUGUGGAUGAAUUGCCCUACAAGUCCCAGGCCGGUCUUUUCGGUUCCUGGAUCGGCUUCAUCUUCAACUGCCUGGUCCUCGUCGCCCAGUUUUGGGUCGGCUUUGCCCCGGUCGGCUACGGUUCGAUGAGCGCCAGCGAUCUGGUCGAGAACUUCUUCUCGGUGUAUUUGGCCGCUCCGAUCGUCAUCUUAUUCUACAUCGUCUACAAGUUCUGGUACAGGACUCCGUUCAUCCGAGCCAAGGAUAUGGACCUCAACACCGGACGUCGGGAAUUCGACAUCCAACAUCUCAUCGAAGAGGAGCGUGCUGAGCAGGCGGCUUGGCCGAUAUGGAAGAAAGUCUACAAAUUCUUCUGUUAA